AUCUCAGCUCGAUCUUCAAGAAAGAAGAAGCAAAUAGAGCACACAGUCGAGUGUAAACCAUCCAACCAAUCAUGGCUUCGAGUUCCAGGAGCACCGUGUUUUCACUUCUCCUCCUGGUGGCGCUGCUGCUCAGCUGCAGCGGCAUGAGCAGCGCGGCGCGGUUGCUGGAAGAGGCGCCGCCCAAGGAGGAGCACCCACAUCCUGCCGUGCCGGAGCUGCCAGAACCUGAGCUGCCGCCGCACCCUACCGACGUCGUGCCGCCUGAGCUGCCCAAACCCGAGUUGCCACCGCACCCGGCCGUUGUCCCCGAGCUGCCGAAGCCUGAGGUGCCUCAUCCGGUGCCGGAGCAGCCGAAGCCCGAGCUGACACCGCACCCGGCGGCCGUGCCAGAGCUCCCGAAACCGGAGGUGCCGCACCCGACAGCCGUCCCUGAGCUCCCGAAACCAGAGGUGCCGCACCCAGUGCCGGAGCUGCCCAAGCCCGAGGUGCCACCGCACCCGACAGCCGUCCCUGAGCUCCCGAAACCUGAGGUGCCGUACCCAGUGCCGGAGCUGCCCAAGCCCGAGCUGACACCGCACCCGGCGGCCGUGCCCGAGCUGCCGAAGUCUGAGGUGCCGCACCCAGUGCCGGAGCUGCCCAAGCCCGAGGUGCCACCGCAGCCGACAGCCGUCCCGGAGCUCCCGAAACCUGAGGUGCCGCACCCAGUGCCGGAGCUGCCCAAGCCCGAACUGCCUCCUCACCCGGCCGUCCCAGAGCUUCCAAAGCCUGAGGUGCCUCACCAAGUCGCGCCAGAGCUGCCAAAGCCUGAACUCCCUCCUCACCCGACCGUGCCAAAGCUGCCGCACCCAGAGGUUCCGGAGGUGCCAAACCACGAGCUGCCGCCUCUACCGAAAGCUGAGCUGCCACCGAAGCCGGAGGGCCACUACCCGGAGCCGGAGGCGAAACCAUGAGCGGACGUACAGUCCGAGACUCGGUUAUCUGCACAUUUUCCCUCAUGCACACGUACGUGUCUGUUGUAUAGUAGCUAUAUAUGAUUUGUGAUGUUGUGUUCUUCCGUACGAGUCAUAGAGCUUACAUGUGAUAUAAGCUAGUAGUACCUAUCAAUUUGGAUCCAUAUGUUAUAUGUAUAUCUGAAUGAAUAAAGAAUUCUAGUUGUUAUAUUUAAACUGUUGGGAGU